AUGAGCAGCCGCGAGAAGGACGUACCUGCGCUUGCUAGCGACGCGAAGGGUGUGGCAGAUCGCCGUCCGGCCGCGCUUGCGCCGUCGGCGGCCCCAUCUGGCCCCCCACUUAUGACGACCAGUGCUAUGGCUAUGGAUUUGAUGGACACGGCUCCGGAAACUUUGAAGACAGCGCUGUCUGCUCCGCUCCCCAAUUCUGAAGAUGAGAGCUCCACCGCCCCUCAGCCACGCGGACGAAGUGGGAAACAGAAGAGGAGGGCAACAGCCGCGACGUCCGCUGUUCGCAGCUCGCCGAUCGAGAAGAGGGCCAAGCAAGAUUUCGCCCCUGACGCUGAUGGUUUUGUCCCGGCCCGGCGCACUGCAAGACGCAUGCAGUCAUCGACGACGCUUCCAACUGCCGUCGCCAACUCAUUCGACGCGCUCGCUGACGCGCCGGACCAGCUGCCGCGCGAUUCUGCGCCGAAGAAAGACUCCCAUCUUCCGCCGGUGGUCCUCCAGUUUCGGCCGCCCUAUGGGGAACUGCAGAAGUUGUUGCGCAGCUGGACAACGGCCGUGUAUACCGUGAAGCCUGCCGGACGAGACCUAUGUGUUAAAUGCGCCGGCGCCCACGCGGGAAGUGUGUGCCCCCGUCCGCCCACCGAGAAGCUGACAUGUGCACUCUGUGGCGGUGCUCACGUGGUCAGAUAUCGUGGGUGUGAGGUGUGGAAGCGUGCCAUCACUCGCCAACGUGGCCAAACACCAGCGCCGCGUCCGAAGAAGCCAGCAACGAGACGGCCCGGCGUCUCUUUCGCGGCGGCAACGUCAGGGGCGCCCUCCGCCGUCCCGGCUGCGUCGGCUGCUCCUGCUCCUGUCGCGUUCGAUGCCGUGCCGAUACCUGAGGAUCCUGCGCCUCCACCACAGCUGCUAGUGGCGGACCCGGGUACUGCCUCUCCCAGGACGACGGCCGGACCGCGCCCCGCCAAUCGCCGGCGUGGGGGUCAGCGCCCCGUGGGUACCCAGCGCUCGGCAUCGUCAGUCGAGCAGCCCCAGGUGGACUCUCACAGCGAGUCAGCCACGCCUCCCCCUUCCAGUGACGGGGCCACGCCGGCUGCCUCCACCACUGACCUGGCCAACCUCAUCGCGCAGCUCACUGCCUUGGUGACCAGUGCUACGAAGUUGAUUGAAGUCCUGUCGCAGCAACUCACUGCUGCAGUGCCGAUGGCCUCUCCGGCCCCGACCGCUGUCAACACUCACCAGCUGCACCAUGGGCAGCGUUAG